AUGCUGUCAUUUUUUCGUCUGAGAUGCUCUUCGAUUCUGAGCUCGCCAGUAGUUCGUUAUGCAUCAUCGAAGAAGAAACAUAUUACUUCACAAGCACCUGCUCUUCGUCAUAAUUGGCUGGAGAUGUCAUCUGAACUUUGCCCUUUGGACUCGUCCAAUCUAGCAACGGUUCCUGAUUCAACGUUUAACUUGCGUUUGAUUCAAUAUCUCUCUGAUUCUAUCAAAAUGCCGCUAACGGCGAGUGUUCAACAGCAUCUCUUAACUACGUUUCAAACAUGGUCUUCUCAAGAACUCUACGAUUUGGUAUCUAUUCUUGGUUCAUAUGGUUUACAACCUGUUGAUACUCUUCGUUUGCUAAUCAACCUUCCAUCUGCGGACAAAACGAUUGUGAAUGUUGAAAAUUUGAAACAAUGUUUCGAAAAUCUCCUUCAAUUGAAAUUCGACACAACGACUCGAUCGAUUCUGUUAUCCAAUGAUCCGAAUAUCAUUCAAUACGAUAUGAGUUAUUUUCGCGAACGUUUCGAUGUUCUCAUGUGUUAUUUCACCAAACGGGAAAUUUCUAAAUUAGUUCGUACACACAAGAAGCUUUUCAGUGAAAACUGGCCGGAUUUAGAUUAUAAAAUCAAUUAUUUGAAGAUUAUGCUAUUUGCUUCAACACGCGACAUUGUAGAGUCAGGCGCUUUAGCUCAUGCGAUUGAUCAUAUUCGUCAGCGAUAUUUAUUUGUUUAUCGCGCGGGUUUAUUCAAACGUGUCCGACGGCAAGAACAAUACUUUCAACAGCGUGAUUUGAACAUUAGUCUAUUCGAUAUAUUCAGCACAAGUUUAUCAACUUUUCUAAAACGGACAACGAAUAAUCUUCUUCGUCCGGAGGAUUAUCAAGCAUUUGUCGAUUCGCUUCAAUCAGAAGUAUUCGACAAUGAAUUCGAGCAAUAUUUAACAUUGAAUAAUCUGCGAAAGAAUUGGUCAAGAGAAAUGAUUCGCACGGAAAAACAAGAAAGACGGCACUGGAUGAGUGAACUCGAUAUGUAUAAUAAUUUUGGUGACGAAGAAGAGGAGGAGGAGGAACGCAGUUUAACGAUUAAGGACGAAAAAGCACUAGCAUUGAAAAGUGAUGAAUCACAGUCGAGUUUAUGGCAUCCACUAUCAGAUUAUGAUCCAGAUCGACAUCGUCGACGGAAACUUCGACAAAAUAUUGAUCCUAAUCUUCGAAUGUAA